UUGCUUUCGGGCUCAGGAUUCAAGCAAUGUAGGUUUUAGUCUUGUCUUUUCAGUCCUGAAACACAACAAUAGGUGAACUUGAUUAUUUUCAUUUCUCUGUCAUCGUCUGAUGGCCAUGAAGAACAUAGACCUGGUGCUUGAGAAACAGGAAAUGCUCUAAUUUAGCUUACUGUUUUUCUCAGCAAUAGUCUUUACUUGCUUCAGAACAACCUGCUGAAUAAGACCAAGACUCAGAUCAACUAACAGACAUCAAGCACCUUCUAGGCUAGCUUGUUUCAUAAAUGCUUUUUCUUUAAAUAUUUAUAGAAACCGUGUAAAAGUAAAUUUUGUUGUCAUCUGUGUUUUACAGAUGAGGAAACAGACAUAGAGAAGUGAGGCCACAGCUACAAAGUGGCAAGGUUAUAUCUGGGAGCCGGAUCUCUGUUUCCAAGUGCUGGUUCUUGCCAUUAUACCAGACUGCUUGAGCAUAGUGUUAAAUGGGUUAUCUAAUCUUUAUUUAAGCUUGUGCAAGGAGUUUUGGUGAUGUUGCUUCAUCUGGAUUUUAUAAGAACAGCUGUCUUUAUGUAUAAAUUCUGGGCUGAGAUUAUAUAAUAUUUAUGAACUUAACACACUGAAGCUGAUUCCUCUAAGGAGGAGUUUCCUGUACCAGCAUAUUUUAAGAGAACGGUAUACACAGCCACAUAAUCAAAUGUUCACAACCAGGGGUUUCAGCUAUAAAUGCUUGAUUCGUACAAUUGGGCACAAAGGAGAUGAAGCUAAAUGGAUAAGAAGAGCAGAAUGUUUUACACUGAUUGCCUUGUCUUCAUGGCCAACUAAUGUGAUUUUGAAAGAUACAUUCUAGACCAAUCUUUGUUCUCCCUAGGUUGUAAAUGGUGUUUCCAACUUACUACUUCUUUUGUUUUUGCCCUGUUUUUCUCCUGCCUGCAUCAUUCCCAGAACCAUUCCAUUGGCAAUUCCCUUCUGUCUGCCCUUUGGCCCAGGAGGACAGCAAGAUUCCCUUAGCUGAUCUUGGCAGUAACAGGAGGGCAGAGUUCAGAAGUUUGGCAAAGGCCAGAGGAGACAAUGAACAUAUGCCGAUGAACAGUCCUUCCACACAGAUUUACCAGUUGCAGGCCCUAGCCUCCGAACUCAAAACUGGUUUCACAGAAGCAAUGCAGGAACUGUCAAGAAUUCAACAUGGAGAAUAUGCUUUGGAAGAAAAGGUUAAGAGCUGCAAAUGUUCCAUGGAAGAAAAAGUCACUGAGAUGAAGAACUCGUUAAACUACUUCAAGGAAGAGCUGAGCAAUGCCAUGUCGAUGAUCCAGGCCAUCACAUCCAAACAAGAAGAAAUGCAACAGAAAAUUGAACAGCUUCAGCAGGAAAAGCGAAGAGAAUCUCGAAAAGUUAAAGCCAAGAAAACUCAAAAAGAAGAACAUGGGUCACAGGCCAGCCCUGCACAAACACAAGGAAGUCCUUUCCGCUCCAUCAAUAUCCCUGAGCCUGUUCUUCCAAGUGAAGAUUUCACAAACCUUUUGCCUUCCCAGGCUUAUGAAAAAGCCCAAGAGCCCAGAUCCGUUCAUGCAGGAGAGAGUAAUGUGAAGGGAAUGAUGGGUCCUGGCAUGAACCCAAACAUUCCAGAAGCAGAAGAAAACCUCAAGUCUUGCCUCUCGACUGAUAUCCAGUCCAAGGGCCAUCUCCCAUCUGGUGUGUGGAGGCAGCCUAAGGAUGUUAAAGAAUGGGGCGAGGAGUAUGUGACGAAAGACCACCCAGAUAAACUCAAGGAAGCCGGCCAAGGCAGACACAGCUCCUUGGAAAAUGUUUUAUGUGAAACCUCUUUAGCUGCUAAAAGACAGACUGUAGCUCUAGAAUUGCUCGAAUCAGAAAGAAAAUAUGUCAUUAACAUCUCUCUAAUCCUGAAGAUAAAGGCAACAUUCCAGGGGUCUGAUGGCAAGAGGAAUUCCAAAGAGAGAAGCCUCUUCCCUGGCUCUUUACGGUACCUUGUCCAGCAGCACCUGGAUUUACUUCACGCCUUGCAGGAAAGGGUCCUGAAGUGGCCACGCCAGGGAGUCCUUGGAGAUUUAUUCCUUAAGUUGACAAAUGAUGAGAAUAAUUUCUUGGAUUAUUAUGUUGCCUACCUGAGGGACCUGCCUGAAUGCAUCUCUUUGGUUCACGUUGUUGUUCUGAAGGAGGGUGAUGAGGAAAUUAAGUCUGACAUCUACACACUGUUUUUUCACAUAGUCCAGCGCAUCCCUGAAUACCUGAUCCAUCUGCAGAAUGUCCUGAAGUUCACAGAGCAGGAACACCCUGAUUAUUACCUACUUCUGGUGUGUGUUCAGCGACUCCGAGUAUUUAUCUCACACUACACCCUGCUGUUUCAAUGCAAUGAGGAUUUGCUUAUUCAGAAACGGAAAAAGCUCAAGAAGUCAUCCAUGGUGAAGCUGUACAAAGGACUGGCUUCCCAGUGUGCAAAUGCUGGACAAGAUGCUUCCCCCACUGCAGGCCCUGAGGCUGUCCGUGACAGUGGGAUCCACUCAGAAGAGAUGCUGCACCCCUACCCUUCUGCUCCCAGUUCUGGUCCUGCUGUCACACAUUUGAUGCCCCCAGUGAAGAAAAGCCAACAGCAGAGCUUGAUGGAGAGCAUGCUGCCCGGGAAGCCCAGUGAGUGGGAGAUGGAGAGCAGAAAGCACGAGAGGCCGGAGAGCCUCCUGGCGCCGGCGCAGUUCUGUGCCGCCGAGCAGGACGUGAAGGCGCUCGCCGGGCCCCUGCAGGCCAUCCCGGAGAUGGACUUCGAGCCCGCCCCGGCCGAGCCGCUGGGCAACGUGGAGCGCUCCCUGCGAGCCCCAGCCGAGCUCCUGACCGACGCCCGCGGCUUCGUGCCGGCGGGCUACGAGGAGUUCGAGUACGGCGGCGAGAUCUUCGCACUGCCCGCGCCCUACGACGAGGAGCCCUUCCAAGCGCCGGCUCUCUUCGAGAACUGCUCGCCCGCCUCUUCCGAGUCCAGCCUGGACAUCUGCUUCCUGCGGCCCGUCAGCUUCGCCAUGGAGGCCGAGCGGCCAGAGCACGCGCUGCAGCCGCUGCCCAAGAGCGCCACGUCGCCGGCGAGCAGCAGCGGCGCCUACAAGCUGGAGGCGGCGGCGCAGGCGCACGGCAAGGCCAAGCCGCUCAGCCGCUCGCUCAAGGAGUUCCCGCGCACGCCGCCCGCCGAGGGCGUGGCCCCGCGCCUCUACAGCACGCGCAGCAGCAGCGGCGGCCGCGCGCCGGUCAAGGCCGAGCGCGUCGCGCCCCCUCACGGCCCGGCCGCCGCCGCCGUAGCCGCCCGCGGCGCGCCCAGGACCUUCUUCCCCCAACAGAGGUCCCAAAGCGAAAAACAGACCUAUUUGGAAGUAAGGAGGGAGAUGCACUUAGAAGACACAACCAGAUUCUGUCCAAAGGAAGAAAGAGAAAGUGAACAAACAUCUUUCAGCGAUCAAAACCCCAGACAAGACCAGAAAGGGGGCUUUCGCAGCUCCUUCCGCAAGCUCUUUAAAAAGAAGUCCAGUGGAUCAGAAUACAGGGAAAAAACUAAUGAGAAUCCCUCAAUGGAUCCUUCACCCACCAAACAAGAUUUCUUCAGAAACCGACUUGCUCUUGCACAUGACUUUGACCAAGGAACAGCUGUGUAAAACAUACUUAAAGUUGUAUUGUCAAGUGGUAAGAUGAGGAUAAAAAGCUUGUUUAUAUCUGUGUAGGAAUAUAUAUAUAUAUAUUGAUGUAUAAAUCCCUGAGGAGAACUAAUAUAAAUAUUUACAUAUGAACCUAAAUCAACAUACAAGACAUUGAAGAGAUGAAGGUUAAGAGUUGGCUUUUGAAUCUCAACACUUGGGAAAUGGGAAUUGAAGACUUUUCACAGUAUUACAAAAAACACAAUAAAAUUGGAGGAAAAUAAAUGUUUAUAAGAACAAAAACUUCCACCUUGAAGUCAUUCCCCCACUAUAAUAUUGAGCAUGUUCAUAUUUAACAUGGAUGUGAAUUUUAUGCUUCCAAGCACUUAGCAUCCCAGUGUUCUUAGACUAACAUGGACUACGUUAGGGGCCAAUUCUGUUUUGCCAUCAUCUG